ACAUAAAGGCACGGACUUCCCAAACCGGGACCAUCUCAACUUUAGUUACUUCCUCUACCCGACGCGAGCAAAAUAUUAAAGAGGGAAGCUAUUAGUCAUUGCGCCUUUUUAAAGCAAUCUGACUAAAACAUUUAUUUGUUUUAUUGAUUUGAAGCGUGGCAAGGAACCUGUCACCUCCCUGUUGCUUUGCUAUAAAGCCGAGCGCGCGAGCCAGAACGGUCACGGAGACGCGCAUCGUACGCGCGCAUUGAAGAACUGUGUUAUAUGUGGAGGAAACUGUUCACGCACAGCUGACAGAAGAACACUGUUCAACAUACUCGAACAAAACGACGUUUAGCUUGCGUUUUAUACUUUGAAGUGCUUUGGGGAAGGAAAAAGGGAAAGUUACAGGGUGCAACAUGAAAUUUAUUUUACCGACUGUAGUCAUUUUUGUUGUUUUGUGUCAAGUUUUUGGAGAAGAACUGGGUCCGAAAGAAGACCUUGAUUACUGGACAGGCAACAAUCAGAUACAGGAUGAGUGGAUUCAGUCGGAUCCUUUCAGGGAGAUACUGAGACGCAUGACGAGGAAACCCCGACCUCAUCAGUUCAUCGGUCUGAUGGGGAAACGCCACACAGCAAAUGCACAGAUCACACGAAAAAGGCAUAAAAUCAAUUCUUUUGUGGGGCUGAUGGGCAAAAGAAGCCAAGACUCCUCAGAGUCGUAUGAAUGGGGAACAGUACAGAUCUACGACAAAAGGCGUUAA